GUGGUGAAGCUGAUUCAGUUUGUGUCGCACGCUCAAAAAUGUCCAACAAAGUGUUAUUUGUCGCGAUACUCGCGUGUGUCGACGCUAAAUUGACGGUAUUCCUAACCGACACACCUAUUGAAAAAAUAGGAACGAGAAUAUACAGAAAAGAACUACUUACGAACGCUUUUCCAAGUCCAAAAGAAUUAGCAUACGACUCUUCUAGCAGAAAUCUAUUUUUCAUGUACAUGGACGACGUAGCACAGAAUUCGAGACGUGCUUUCGUUAAUGUGGUAACAAAGCAAGCAAUGAAAAUUGAAGGUAUAGCAAGAAAUAAAGCGACUGCAGUUGACCCAGAUACAAGUGAAGUGUAUUUCGGAUCAGACGAUGGAUUAUAUAAAUACGAUCCUAUAUACAACGUGGCUACAAAUAUUGGUUUAUAUAACAUGAAUGUUUUCAAAAUAGUUAUAAGGAAUAAUGCGAUGUACUUAAUCGAUGCUAAUGAUCAUAUGAUUUACAAGAUCUUCAAUCAAGGGCAGACAGCUGUGAAAUUUGGAAAUAUGAAGACUGUGAUGGAAUUUGAAGUGGACAACCAAAAGAAUGUGCAUAUAGUGACUAUGUGUGGAGUUUUCUGUGCUUAUAAUAGCCAAGAAGUGAUUAAAAACAAAGAUUUGCGUGUCGUGUAUCACUUUUUUGUUGAAGGUGAAAAGACUUUUGGACUAUCCGAUGAUGGUAUACAUGAAAUUGACUGUUUCAAUGGUACGGCUAGGAAAGUAGCUAAUAUAAACUUUUUCCCAUCAAGCAUGAUCUUUGGAGAUUAUGGUGACAUAUAUUACAGCAUCGAUGACGAUAUCUAUAGGUUAAGGCCGAUUAAUUCUUAUCAUAUCUAUAAUGUGCGCAUGAAGACUAAUUAAUCUUAAAGUUUGUUUAUUAAAUUUUGUAAUGUAAACAAAGUUGUAUUUAUUGUUCUGG